GUGUGUGCGUGUGUGUGUGAGAGAGUGAUGCUUUCACAAAUGAUGUGCCUUUGUUAAGGUGGGAAGUCAAACUCUGACGUGACUUACACAACUUGACACUUUAGCAGCACAUGUCAUCGAAACACGCCGAAGUUUUACAGACCUCUUUGUUUUGUUCGUAAUCUUGGUUUAGAUGCUCUGUGGAAAAAUGUGUUCUUCAUAAAAUAUAAAGCUAACGACAUGGGAAUGCCUGCUGAACUGGCCCAUCACUGAUAUCAGCAUCUUUCAACAGAAAAGUAAAUAUGGGGAACUGCGGCUCUUUUGAUCCUGAUGACGAAUUCUCCUACCAUCCAGAUGAAUGGUGUGAUCAAUGUAACUGUCCAAAGCCUCCAGCUAGUCAGAACUUUGAUCCUCUGAUUCCGUAUCCAUCCCAGUACACUCCUCCACCAUCAUCUCCUCUUCCAGAAAACAUAGUGGUAGCCAUAUUCAAAUAUGAGCCAAGCCACAGUGACGAUCUUGGGUUUGAGAAAGGGGAGAAGAUGAAAAUCCUAAAUGCCGAUGAUCCUGAAUGGUACAUGGCAGAGUCUCUGUUUACCGGGCAGAAGGGAUACAUACCACAGAAUUUUGUAGCAAAACUGAACAGCAUUGAGACAGAACCGUGGUUCUUUAAAAAUCUCUCCAGGAACGACGCCAUGAGGCAAUUACUGGCCCCUGGUAACACACAGGGCUCCUUCCUCAUCAGAGAGAGUGAGACCAACCCAGGUAGUUUUUCCCUAUCUAUGCGAGACCUUGACCAAACACAGGGUGACAUCAUCAAGCACUACAGAAUCCGCAACCUGGACGCAGGCGGAUUCUACAUCACCACCAAGAUCUCCUUCACCUCCCUCUCAGAGCUGGUCAAACAUUAUUCACGAGAGGCUGAUGGACUAUGCGCCCGCCUGGUGAAACCGUGUCAGACCCGAGCCCCUCAGAAGCCCUGGUGGCAGGAUGAGUGGGAAGUUCCCCGUGAGUCUCUCAAUCUAGAGCGCAGGCUGGGGCAAGGGCAGUUUGGAGAAGUAUGGAUGGGGCUGUAUAACAACAACCGUCGAGUGGCUAUCAAGAGUCUCAAGGCAGGUACCAUGUCCAUGAGUGCUUUCCUGGCAGAAGCAAACCUGAUGAAGACCCUGCAGCACCCUCGACUGGUGCGACUUUUCGCUGUGGUUACACAGGAGCCCAUUUAUAUCAUCACAGAGUACAUGGAGAACGGCAGCCUGGUGGAUUUUUUGAAGACUCCAGAAGGAUCUAAUUUAAGCAUCAAUGCGCAGAUCGACAUGUCCGCCCAGGUCGCAGAGGGAAUGGCUUACAUAGAGCAGAAGAACUAUAUCCAUAGAGACCUGAGAGCUGCCAACAUUUUGGUGUCUGCUGAGCUCAUUUGCAAGAUCGCCGACUUUGGCCUCGCCCGCCUCAUCGAAAAUAACGAAUACACUGCCAGAGAGGGUGCAAAGUUUCCCAUCAAAUGGACUGCACCUGAGGCCAUAAACUACGGCACCUUUUCGAUCAAAUCAGAUGUCUGGUCGUUUGGAGUACUGCUGACAGAGAUUGUUACUUAUGGAAGAAUCCCAUAUCCAGGGAUGACAAACCCAGAGGUGAUCGCAAACCUUGAGAGAGGGUACCGCAUGCCUUGCCCCGAUAACUGCCCAGAGGCUCUCUAUAACGUCAUGAAACACUGCUGGACAGAGAGCCCAGACAACCGGCCCACCUUUGAGUACCUGCGCAGUGUUCUAGAGGACUUUUUCACCGCCACAGAGAGACAGUACCAGGAGCAGCCCUGCUGAAGAGAUUCAUCUUAUGAACAGCAGAAUUUGAACAAAA